UCGCAGUUCUCCCCGGCUUCUAUUCCCCGUCGUCCGUCCCUUCUCACUUUCACUCCGAUUUGCCAAAAUUCAACGCAGCGACCAAGCAAGCGAUUCUCUCGCAGAAGUUCUUCGCUGAUUUUGCCGGAGAAGAUUCGUCGUCGUCGUCCUGCGCUUUCCUUGGUUGAUUUUCACCUCUUUCUGUGUAAAGAACCGGCCCGGAGUUGAAUUUGUUGGUUUGGUUUGUGUCUCGCCGGCAGCCAUUGAAUUAGGGUUCCGUUCAUAAUCUCUGGGGCCAUUCGCGACCGGCAGGGUGAGUGGUGAUUCGGGCCGGUCGUGCCGUGGCGAGAAUAUGCUGUUGGUGGGGGUGUGUGUCUGUGUUGAGUUUAGGGUUCUCAUGGUUUUACGAUGAUCGUCAAACGUCCGAUGAAAUUCGAGAUGCCAAACUUGAAGCGGUGCAAGCUCGAGGAGCCUGAUGUCGAAUCCACUGCCUAUUUAUUGGCGAAAUCGAAGAAAUUGAAAGCGAACGGGCGCUGCUCUUUUGGAAAGAGCGCCAUUUCGGGCUCUUGCUGUAGCAGCGAGGAGUCGAAGUUGGACGGCGAAGUCGAAUGCAGUUCCGAGAAAUCGAAUCGUCAGAAGGAGUCGAACGGGAGCACUGAGAGAUUCGCUACUCCGUUGUUGACGUAUUCGCGGUUGCGCUUUAAGAAAGGCAUUCCCAGAUCGAGUGAUUCAGUGGUGUGCCCAUCUGAUAAUGAUCAAAGCAGAGAAUGCAUUGCUUCAAGCACUGGGGAUGCCGGCCAUACUGGGGAGGAAAAGGAAGUUCCCGGGUCCGAACCCCGAUGCACGAAGCAGCUCAAUGAGGAGAAUGGCACAGCGAAUUGUGAAGUAGCCGGGGACAAAGAAUUGGGUAGCCGGGCAGAAGAUAAUAACCAUUUUAGGAUUGAAAAUGCUGAAGCUUUACAGGAAGUUAAAGUGAGAUGCACAGCGUUGAACAGUUUUGAUUUUAGGAGGCAAUUGAAUUCUCGUAGUUCUUUAGUUUACAGUGUAAAUUCUUCACCGUCAAUAGAUAGUGUCGGGUGUGUGCCCAGUUUUAGCCAGAAGGGCACAGAGCAGAGGAGAAAAGGGGACGUUGAGAUGAAGAAGGAGGUUUAUAGGCCGGAAGAUUUCACGGUGGGCGAUAUUCUUUGGGCCAAGUGCGGGAAAAAAUACCCUGCUUGGCCGGCUAUCGUGAUCGACCCCUGGGUCAGUGCUCCGGAUUCGGUCUUGAGGUGCUCCGUCCCUGGUUCCCUCUGUGUCAUGUUCUUCGGCUUCUCCAAGAACGGAACCCAAAGGGACUAUGCAUGGGUGAAGCAAGGCAUGAUAUUCCCCUUCGCAAAGUAUUUGGACAGAUUUCGGGGUCAGACCCAACUUCACAAAAGUAAAUCCAGUGACUUCCUGAAGGCCGUUGAGGAAGCAAUUUUAGCUGAGGAGGGCUAUAUAGACUUGAAUCUCGGGAAUGGUGAAAUAUCUUGUCCCGAAGCAAAAUCCAGUGGGAGCCAAGAGGGUGUUGGUCUUUGUCAGAAUCAGCAUGAAGAAUCUAAGGACAGACGAGCUUGUGACAGCUGCGGCUUGAUUUUUUCUUGUAAAAGCACAAAGAGAAUGAAACAUCCAGGCGGUCAAGUUCAAGUUUUGUGCAAACGCUGUGCUAAGUUACUCGAGUCCAAACAAUAUUGUGGCAUAUGUAAGAAGAUUUGGCACCAUUCAGAUGGUGGAAGUUGGGUAUGCUGUGAUGGUUGUGAUGUUUGGGUGCAUGCAGAGUGUGCUCAGAUUCCCAGUCAACUUUUAAAGGAUCUGGAGAACAUUGAUUACUAUUGCCCUGAUUGCACAACCAAGCUCAGUUGCAGAAUGGCAAAACCAGAAAAAUUGCAGCCUAAAGUGAAAUCUGUUGAAAAGAAGCAGACGUCAAUGUCUGACCAAGUAACAGUUGUGUGCAAUGGCAUGGAGGGAACUUACAUUCCUAAGCUUCAUAUGAUUGUCUGCAAUUGUGGUUCAUGUGGGUCGAGGAAGCAAACACCCAGUGAAUGGGAACGGCACACUGGAUGCAGAGCCAAAAAGUGGAAAUGCAGUGUCAAAGUGAAGGGCAUAAUGGAAACGCUAGAAAGAUGGAUCGCAGCAUAUAAUGACCAUGGUCUAGAUACUUCCAAGUUAGAUAUGAAGCAGUUGACCGAUUUUCUAAAAGGGAAGUAUGAGCCUGUUUCUGCCAAGUGGACAACCGAAAGAUGUGCAAUAUGCAGAUGGGUGGAAGAUUGGGACUACAACAAAAUCAUAAUCUGCAAUAGGUGUCAGAUAGCUGUUCAUCAAGAAUGCUACGGGGCAAGCAAUGUUCAGGAUUUCACAUCAUGGGUUUGUAGAGCCUGCGAAACCCCUGAUGUGAAGAGAGAGUGCUGCCUUUGUCCUGUACAAGGCGGUGCUUUGAAGCCAUCUGAUGUUGGGAAUCUGUGGGUUCAUGUCACCUGUGCUUGGUUUCGCCCUGAAGUUGGUUUCCUGAAUCAUGAGAAAAUGGAACCAGCUACUGGGAUUUUUAGAAUCCCACCAAGCUCGUUUCUGAAGAGUUGCAUAAUUUGUAAACAAACCCAUGGUUCCUGCAUGCAGUGUUGCAAAUGUGCGACGUAUUUCCAUGCAGUGUGUGCAGCAAGGGCAGGAUAUAGCAUGGAAUUGCAUUGCUUGGAGAAGGAUGGGAGACAAAUAACAAAGAAGAUGAUAUAUUGUGCUGUUCACAGGCUUCCAAAGCCGGAUUCUGUUUUGGUUGUGCAUACCCCUUCUGGAAUUUUCUCUGCAAGAAGCUUGGUUGAGAACAAGCAUAAUGCCUUCAGGGGUUCUAGGCUGGUCUCUAAGAAGGAUUUUCCUGAUUCCCCUGAAGAAGUUACUGAUGAACUCGAGCCACUCUCUGCUGCCAGAUGUCGAGUCUUGAGAAGGUCAAACCAGAAGAAGCCUGAAGAAGCAGUAUGUCACCGACCCAUGGGUCCACGCAUUCACUCAUUGGAUGCAGUAAUUGGUUUGAGGAAUGAUAAGGAGUUAGACGGUUCUAAAACUUUCACCUCAUUUAAGGAACGGCUGUAUCACUUGCAAAGGACAGAAGAUCAUCGAAUAUGUUUUGGAAAAUCUGGAAUUCAUGGAUGGGGUCUUUUUGCACGAAGAGACAUACAGGAAGGAGAAAUGGUUGUUGAGUAUCGUGGUGAGCAGGUGAGACGCAGCAUUGCAGAUCUGAGGGAGGCGCGAUAUCGGUCAGAGGGCAAAGACUGUUAUCUAUUCAAGAUCAGUGAUGAAGUUGUAAUUGAUGCGACCUACAAGGGGAACAUAGCCCGCUUGAUUAAUCAUUCUUGUACGCCCAACUGCUAUGCAAGAAUAAUGAGUAUGGGUGACGAGGACAGCCGGAUAGUUCUGAUUGCAAAGACGAAUGUGUCUGUUGGCAAUGAGCUUACGUACGAUUACUUGUUUGACCCCGACGAACAAGACGAAUCGAAAGUUCCAUGCCUUUGCAGAGCUCCCAACUGUAGGAAAUUCAUGAAUUAGCUGCUGCUUCACUUAGGAGACUUUCGAUCACCUUUCCCUAUUGGAUGUUUGUGAGGAAUACUGAGCAUCAUCUCCAAAUGGAAAGAGACUUCCGCCUCCGUCCUCUGCGGGAUAAGCGAAGAGACCGACUGCCAUUAUUCAUCGAACAAGCUUAUAACCAAUUCUUUUGAUUCCUUGAGAUCAUGACCACCCCCCACCUCCACAAUUUUCAUAUUGUUACUAACUCAGAUAAAGCUCGGAGAUUUGAUUGCACCAGCUGGUGUCAAUUUUUGUCAGUGACAUUGUAUAUUUGUAUAUAUAAAUGCAAAAAUUUGUGCAGCUAUUUUCACUUUGUA